AUGGGAUAUUCAAUAAAUCAAACAUCAUCAACUGAUGAAACAAAUGGUGUUAUUAAUUUAACAAAUGGUUUACAUUGGUAUCCAUUUUCACCUGGUCAAUGUCCACCAUUAUAUUAUGUUAUUCUUCAAGGUGCUUGUGCGCCAUUAAUAAUUAUUAUUUCUACUGUAUUAAAUUCUUUAAUUGCUGUUGUUUUACUUCAAAAACAUCUUCGUUCACCAACAAAUAUUCUUCUUUUAGCUAUUGCACUUUAUGAUACAUUAACAGGACUUUUCCCAUUUCCAACUUAUAUAUUUCUCUAUACAUUUCGACAUUGUGAUGAUUAUAUACCAUUUAAUUAUGGAUGGUUUCAUCGAAUUAAUCAUGAUGUAUUACCAUUUAUUUUUCAUACAUGUUCGAUUUGGGUAACUGUUGUAUUAGCUAUUCAACGAUAUAUAUACGUAUGUCAUUCAGAAAAAGCAAAACAAUGGUGUACUGUACCAAUGGCAUUAAAAGCAAUUGCAUGUGUCAAUGUAUUAGCACUUAUUGUAGCUAUUCCAAUGUUUAUUGAAGGUACAUUUCAUGCCAAAGCAGUUUCUUCAUUACUUGAUUCAAAGAAAAUUUUUAAUACAUGUACUGUUCGUGAUUAUUCUGAAGAUAGUCGAUAUCGAACCUAUUUUUCUAUUUAUUCACUUAUACGUGCUUUAUUAAUUAACGUUGGCCCAUGUACAAUACUUGUUAUAUGUAAUGCAAUAUUAGUUGAACGUAUGAAAGAAGCAAAAGAAAAUCGAGAAAAACUUAUGAGACGACGUAGUCAUGAAUCUCGAGGUCAAGAACAAACAAAUGUUACAUUUAUGCUUAUAAUUGUUGUAACAAUAUUUUUAAUAGUUGAAAUUCCAAUGGCUAUUUAUAUAAUUCUAAUGGCUAUAUUUCGAUUAUUUAAUAAAAAUGCACCGAAUUUUUUCAAUUUUGCUGUACAAUUAUUAAAUUUUGCUGUUUUACUUUCAUAUCCAAUUAAUUUUUUUAUUUAUUGCCGUAUGUCAAGAGCAUUUCGUGAUGCAUUUACAAAACUUUUAUGUGCAUCAUUUCUUAAUACGAGACAAGAACGUCUACAAUCUAUGGCAGCACCAUUACUUGGUAAACAAUGUGGUGUAACAACAAAUAAUAUUGAACUUAAAAUUUCAAAUGUCGAAACUCUACCAGCAUCAUCUGUGAUAUUAAAUUCAACGGCAAAUGAAAUACCUAUGUCAUCAUUAAUAUCGGAAAAUAACAAUGAUUUAAAAAUAAAUUCAAAUGGAUCUGUAGAAAAACUACGUGUAUCAUUUAUUGAUGAUGUUAAUUAA